UAUAAUUUUAUAGACCGCUGUGAAAACGCGCGUGUAAGCUGUAGCAUUAUUAUUUAUUAGUUUUAAGUACAUUCCUUAAUUAAUGCCGGUGUCAUAAAACAAUUCUGUGGGACACGCAUUGAAAGAAAGAAGAGCAUAACAAUACGAAGAACACAACAAAAGAAGCAGAACAAGCAUAAACAAAAGCAACCAAACGUUUACCUAAACGGCGGCAAAAGCUGUGGCCUGCCAGUCUGUAUUUGCAGCAACAACAAGAACAAUAAAACCCACCACCAUACAUAUUCAAUACAAUGGGUCGCAGUCCCUCCCCUUCACACAGACGGCGUGAGAAAGAACGUACGGAACGUAAAAAAAGACGGGAACGUCGUUCACGAGAACGCGAACGUGGUGGCACUGGUGCUGAUAGCGAUGUGGAAAUAGUGGCAUCCAGUAGCACCGGUCGUAAUUUAAGACGUCGAUCACCACAUCAUCGUGAAAGGGAGAGGGGGGACAAUAGAGAACGUGAUCGUAGCCGUAGUCGUAGCCGUGGGCGUGGACGACGACGUUCGAGAUCACGUUCAUACGGACGAGGUGGUUCCAGCUCAGCAUCAACAUCAUCACGCCGCCGUGGUGGUAACACACGUACCGAACGCCCCAAAAUCAGUGAAGCUGAUUUGGAGGGCAAAUCGGCCGAAGAAAUUGAAAUGCUUAAAACCAUGGGUUUCUGUACGUUCGACACAACAAAAAAUCGUAAAGUCGAUGGCAAUGAUGUCGGAGAAGUACAUGUAAUCCUUAAACGCAAGUAUCGUCAAUACAUGAAUCGCAAGGGAGGUUUCAAUCGUCCCUUGGAUUUUGUAGCAUAGCAUUGCCAUUUAUAUGGCAUUUGUAUGGCUACAACUAUACUCAUUGCUGCUUAAUAGUUUUAAUGUUAUUUUUUGUUAAAGUUCAUAUCAAUGUUAUUGGCCACAAUGGAAUUUCUUGGUUGCUUUUAUAUUCCGCUGUGGCCACUAGCAUUGUUGUGAACUCCCAUAACAGAUUACCUGCAAUUUUAUGCAAUAGACCGGUUUACAAAAUUUAUCCAUUUUUUACAAAUCAAAAUUUCCACCACCAUACACACCUACCUCUCCUUCUCUCAUAGUUUUAUAGAUUAUAAGUUAGGAUUUAUUACUGUUUUCAUUGUUUCUCCACAAAAUUGUCUGAAACAAAAGAAAAAGUUUGAUAUUGAUUUUGUUUAUAUUAUAGUUAUGUUAUUUAUAUAUAUCGACUUAAAUAUAAACACGAAUAUGGAUAAAGCGUCAAAGAAUUGAAGAUGAAAUAUCAAAAAUUAUAUAGAGAAUUGAAAAGAAAUAUUGAAAAUUCCUUAGAGCGCACCU